AUGGAGCUCAACAAGGCUUCCGCAAACUCGGCCCUGAGCGACGCCCCGGGGCAGGUCCCCAACGAUGGCACUGGCAUCAUCCAGAUGGAUGGCUACCUUGAGCCCUUCAAGGACGCGCUGAAGAGCCGCUUCUCCAAGGCCCAGAAGUGGAUCAAGACGAUUGAAGAGACUGAGGGCGGUCUCGAGAAGUUCUCGCGGGGUUACGAGAAGUUCGGCUUCAAUGUCCAGUCCAACGGCGACGUCGUCUACCGCGAGUGGGCCCCGAAUGCCCUGCGCGCCUACCUCAUUGGUGACUUCAAUGGCUGGGACCGCGAUGCGACACCCAUGACCAAGAACGAUUUCGGCGUCUUCGAGGUGACGAUCCCUGGCCAGAACGGUCAGCCCACUAUUCCCCACGACUCCAAGAUCAAGGUCUCUUUCGUCGUGCCUAACGACCAUGCGCGCCAGGAGCGCCUCCCCGCCUGGAUCACCCGAGUGACCCAAGACCUCAACGUGUCCCCCGUAUACGAUGCCCGCUUCUGGAACCCUCCCCAGAAGUACGUCUGGAAGAACCAGCGGCCGCCCAAGCCCCAGAGCGCACGUAUCUACGAAGCCCACGUUGGCAUCUCCUCCCCCGAGCCCAAGGUAGCGACCUACAAGGAGUUCACCCGUGACAUCCUCCCUCGCAUCAAGCACCUGGGAUACAACACUAUACAAUUGAUGGCCGUCAUGGAGCAUGCGUACUACGCCAGUUUCGGAUACCAGAUCAACAGCUUCUUCGCUGCGAGCAGCCGCUACGGCUUCCCAGACGACCUGAAGGAGCUCAUUGAUACUGCGCACGGAAUGGGCAUUACCGUCUUGCUGGACAUGGUGCACAGUCACGCAUCUAAGAACGUGCUUGACGGUCUCAACAUGUUCGACGGCAGUGACCACCUCUACUUCCACGAGGGCGCCAAGGGACGACACGAGCUGUGGGACAGCAGGCUGUUCAACUACGGUUCCCAUGAGGUCAUGCGCUUCUUGCUCAGCAACCUGCGCUUCUGGAUGGAGGAGUACCGCUUCGACGGGUUCCGAUUCGACGGAGUUACCAGCAUGCUAUACACCCACCACGGCAUCGGAACGGGCUUUUCGGGUGGUUACCACGAAUACUUCGGUCCUUCGGUCGAUGAGGAGGCAGUCGUGUACCUCAUGAUUGCCAACGAGUUACUGCACACACUCUACCCCGACUCCAUCACAAUUGCCGAAGACGUUUCCGGUAUGCCUGGUCUUUGCGUGUCGCUCUCGUUAGGCGGAAUAGGAUUCGACUACCGACUAGCCAUGGCUGUACCCGACCUCUACAUCAAGUGGUUGAAGGAGAAGCAGGACAUUGACUGGGACAUGGGCGCACUCGUCUUUACAUUGACAAACCGGAGGCACGGCGAGAAGACCAUUGCCUACGCGGAGAGUCACGAUCAAGCGCUGGUCGGAGACAAGACUCUGCUCUUCUGGCUUUGCGACGCGCAAAUGUACACCAACAUGUCGGUCCUUUCGGAGCUCACCCCAGUCAUCAACCGCGGUUUGUCGCUGCACAAGCUGAUCCGACUGAUCACACACGGUUUGGGAGGUGAGGGUUAUUUGAACUUUGAGGGUAACGAGUUCGGUCACCCUGAGUGGCUCGACUUCCCUCGCGAAGGCAACAACAACAGCUUCCACUACGCUCGCCGCCAAUUCAACCUCCCAGACGACGAGCUCCUCCGCUACAGGUUCCUCAACGAGUUCGACAGCAAGAUGCAGUGGACUGAGGAGAAGUACGGAUGGCUCCACUCGCCUCAGGCCUAUGUCAGCCUCAAGCACGAGGGUGACAAGGUCAUCGUAUUUGAGCGCGCUGGACUGUUGUGGAUCUUCAACUUCCAUCCCCAGGAGAGCUUCACCGACUACCGUGUUGGCGUCGAGCAGGAGGGUACUUACCGUAUCGUUCUGAGUACCGACAACAAGGCGUUCGGUGGCCAUGGUAACGUGGACGAGACAACUAGGUUCUUCACCACACCAUUUGCCUGGAACGAGAGGAAGAACUUCCUGCAGGUGUACAUUCCUAGCAGGACUGCUAUCGUGCUGGCGCUCGAGAGCACUUUUAUCAUCAUCACGAUGGAGUACCAGUAUCCCGCUUCCGCUGGCACCAGCAAGACCAUCACCAUGCGCCUCCCCAUUGGGGUCUACUACGCCACCAUCCGCCCCACCAUGAAAGAGGGCGAGGACAUCUACGCUGCGCUUCGCGGAGCUCUCGUGGGCAAGAUUGGUCCACUCUUCAACAUCAUUGUGUGGCACCCGACCGCCAAGCAGAAAGUCCGCCUGGACUAUAAACAUCUUCACUCCAACAUCGCAUACCGCAUCGAAACGACCCUCAAGGCCCGCCAGCAAGGUCCUGGCAUUUCGGCCUCCGGCGCCUACAAAAAGGUGCAGAGGCACCUCGAGGCCAUCUGCGGGCACUGGAAGCUGUCUGAAGGCAGUGAAAUUCUGCCUGAGAAGAUCGCUCCUCGCGAUGAGGAAGGCAAUUUGGUGUUUCCUGCAAAUUGGCCUGCACGUUUCGCCGAUGAGGUCCGCAAACUGAGCGGCCACAGUGUCGAUAGACACGAAGUCGCCAUGGGCUUCCUGGUCGCAGCCGUGGAGGCUAGACGACAGCGAGAAGGCGACAUGGGGACAGCGACGAGCGGAGACUGCAGGACUGCGAUGGCCUGGCUGGCUACAAAUACCGCAGACCAGGCGUACGCGCACCUACCAGAGGAGGUGGCGGCUACACAGACGUUCGCGGGUGGCCUGGCGGAGGCAGUACAGCAGGCCCUGGAGCAGACAGAGGGUGAGGGAGCGGCAGUUGGAUCGGCGUACGAGGAGGCUGGCAGAUUCAACAUCAGUACACACUUCCGAUCUGCUUGA